CCGCCCCGCCCUGGCGUCACUGCCGGAGCGGCCCAAGAUGGAGACGGGCGGCAGUACCCGGGCGCAGCUCCCGAGGCUCAGGCGCCCUUUGCGGCGAGGGCCAGAGCUCCGCGACCCGCUGCUGCCGCAGCCGCCUUCGGGGGGCGGUGGCACGGCCGAAGAGUCUACAGCUGUAGAGAAGGAAAGGAAACCUCUUACCAGACUGAAUGCUCAUUCUGCAUUCUGGAUAUUGGCAUCAAUUGCUGUCACGUACUACUUUGAUUUUUUUAAAACUAUUAAAGAAACUAUUCAAGCAGACAGCUGGUGGUUUUUAUCUGGCAGCUGUUUAUUGGCUGCAUGUUUAUCUGUUGCCUUUUACUGCAUACUAUAUCUGGAGUGGUAUCGUGGAAUUCAGGACUACGACACCCAGUAUCCAGCACUGAUACCUAUCACAACAGCUACCUUUAUUGCAGCGGCCCUUUGUUUCAAUGUUGCCUUGUGGCCUGUCUGGUCAUUUAUGACACCUUUGCUGCUCUUCAUUCAGUUUAUGGGUGUUGUGAUGCUUGUGUCACUCUUGGGAUAAGUCCUUCAGGUAUGCUGUUUUCAUUUUCUGUGAUGAACAGUCCAGAUCAACCUCCUGGAAAGCUGCCUAAUAUUAGAAGUUCUUUGUUCUUCCUAAAAAACAACCUUUCACAGGCAAAACCUGGUAUUUUGUUGACUUGAAAAAUUUAUUCUCAGUAACUGCCACACUGAAAAGGAGUUCUUGCAUCCUUUGUUAGGAUAUACUAUUCAAAUUAAUCCCGUGAAAUUGAAAAAGCUUAAGGAAGACAUCAAAGACUGCUCAGUAAAUAGGUUUAGGGCUGUCCCCUCCAUCACAAGUGUCUGCAUCAUCCAGUCAAGUGUCUCCUUCAGCAGAUCUUGUGCUGUACUUCUCAAGGGAAUCUGGGGAAGCCUGUUUGGUUUUGCUGCCAUCAUAAGUUCUGGUGAGGAAGUCCCCCAGCAUUUUUAUGACUGUAUAAAGAAUGAGACAAUGCUGGAUUUUGAGUGUAGCCUCUUGUAGUGCUGGAGUUGUAGGCAAAAAAUACUUAAUGGUUGGGAGAGUGAAACACAGCUUUUGUUUGCAUCAACAAACUGAAACUGGUGUUGGAUUUUUUCCCUAUUUUUUAGAUUUCUGAUUUUUGUAAGGAGGUAAUUAAAUUAGGUCAUAAUCUGACAACACCUAUAGACUUCUGAAAAAUAGGAUAUUUACUUCAUAAUAUUUUAACUGUUUAUAGGAGCUUUAGUCACAGUUGAUAAUGCAAAAUUCUUCAAAUCGUGUUUGUUCAUUCUGUCCUUAGUUAUGUUCUGCCCGAGCACUGGAAGAAUGUGGGGAAAGCACAUACUUCAGAGCUGAUUGUAUAGCAGAUUAAACCAACAAUUCUGCAUUAAUUUGUACUUAGAAAGUAAGAAGUACAAGUGAAUUACAGAUAUCCUGAACAGCCGAACCUUAUAAAAAAGUUAUGGUUUUCUAUAUGAACAGACAGGUAAAUUCUAUUCUACAGAAUUUAUUAAUUUUGCAUUAGGCUAGAUAAUUAUUGGCAUAAUAACUAGGGCCAAAUUAUUACUUGGUGAUGCAAAAUCAUUAACUGAUCAAUAUCAAACUAGUACAAGAUACAACUUGUGCAAUAUAUGCAACCUUACACCAUUUUUAUUAAAGCUGGAUUUGGUUUUUCUUUCAGCUUCGUGUGAAGGACUCAAGUAAUUGUUAUCCUGCAAAAUGGAUGUUACUUUUGUUACAUUCCAGUGCUUCUGUUAUUUCUAAUACUGCUUGUUUGCUCUGACACUGUAAUUCUUAGAGUACCUGGGCAUAACCAUAGGUCAGCCUGUGGCUGGGAAAAAGCAACUGAAUAGUGAAUAAUUGAAAGACAGGUAGGCUUUACCUCUCUUAGUAACAUAAAGCAUUUCGUCCCUGCUUUCUGAAGCUUUUAUUUAUUAAUAUAUUUCAAUAUUAACCAGACGGGCAAUAAGUCAGUUACAUAGUCCUAAAUCCUAUUUGAGCACUCCAGAGGUCACCUAGUCCAAUUUCCUGCUCAAAGCAGGUUCGUUGGUUUAGGAUUAAUUGGUACUUUGUAAGUGGUGUGGGGUUUUAAUACUAUAUUAAUUCCAUUUGAAUUGACAGCUAAAGUACCAUUAUCUGGAAUCUGUGUUUGUACUUGUAAACUUACUCAUAGAUGACACAGGAGACAUUUAUUGAUCUGUUAAAUUUCUUAUGUGUGUUAUCAUGUAGGAAAUAUUUUAUUACCUAAUCUCUUGACUUUGGAUCUGCUAGUAUUUGAAAAAAGAUAGGGAUCAGGGUAAGGGCCUAGAAGGCUGGUUGACAUGUACAUCAUUGUUAAUUUGAUAGUGCCAUCAGUGAAAUAAAUAAAUUCUACUUGUGCUGAUAUAGUUUGCCCACAGCCAAAGAUAGAUGAUCAAGCCAUGAAUAACAAUGGUAUGAACAAUAUUAACACUACACAAGCAAUUAAGAGCACAAAGAAAAGUCUUUUUUUUCAUUCUCAGCAGUGCCUGUUAAUGAAGUUGCCACUUUUCUUCCUCAGAAGAGACUGAUAUUAACUUUAAUGCCAUUAGUCAUACACAGCUGGGCAAAUAAAGUAACUUUGUCUGUUCUCUUUGGCUGAGAUACCUAAGUAUCUGGAAACCUGUGUGCCAUUCAGCUGCUGGACCAUUUUAUGUAGAUCCUUGUGUUAAAUACCUUGACACCCAGACCUUUUGGAAAAUAGGAGAAUGUAGAAACUAAGUAUGGAAGCUUCUUAAAAUUUUCUCCUCGUGACUGUUGCUUGAAGUCUUGACUGUUAGAGGAGACCGUGUUCUUCAUUCUGACUUUCAAACUCACAUCAAUGCCGAAUACACAAUCCAUGAAAUGUUUAGUAAUGAAAAAUACAGACAUUGUCUUAAGCUGCUACAGUUUCAUUAAGGAAAAAUGUUGCUGUCGAUAUGUAAAACAAAGGAUCAGUGAAACCAAAAUAAAAUACGUUUAGCACUACCAUUAAGUAGCUUGUAGAGUAAAUUAACAGCUCAAUUUGUUUAAAUGUAAUACUUAAGUUUUCCAAAACCAGUUGUAUUUGACAUCUUUAAAGGGCGAGUUGCUUAUCUUCAGACCUGCAUCUUUAACAAAUUUUAACAAUUUUAAGUCUGCUUACAGAGGUACAUUUGAGUAACUCUGUUUAUUAUGGUAUUUAAAUGCACUGUUGCUCAGGGAUGGCAAUUAUCACUGUAUUUUUAUUUGUCAACUAUAUAAAUGCUCUAGGUGUUUUCAGUUGCUUUGUACACUUAAGAUUACUAUUUGCUACAUGUUUUUUCAGAUUUAUUUUUCUGGACAUCUUAAUAAACUUUGUACAAAAUGAUCAA